CAGAAGGCCAGCCAAACAGACAGGUCGCCCACUAAGGACGAAGAUAAAAGGAUCAUGAUUCUAAUAGAUUACUUACAAUCCUCUAACUUUCAUGACGUGAACCAUUGAAGCUUCCCAUUCAUCCAUUCGGUCGCUAUGACAUUACAACAAGAGCUCAACUUCUGUUUCCCUUUGCGUGAGCUCGCCAAUGACAGAAUUAAGUUGACUCCUUUCCAGGCGAAGCGCCAUGCCGCGAAAUUCUUCGCCAUGACGGCUCAACAUCCCGAGCUGUACGCCUACGCAGCAUCGGGACCGUACGACAGCGAGGCGCAGUACGUCUCCUGCUUCCUCGAAGGGAUGGCUCUCAAGGACCCGGGAAUGGCAACGUUCGCGGUAAUCGACAAGACACGUCCUCCAUCGGCCGAAGACGACGAAGGAGAAUUGGCAGGGACCAUGUCAUACAUGUCCAGCUCGGCCCCUUGGCUCGGCACCGAGAUCGGGCACAUCUUGAUCCUCCUGCCGUACCAGCGCACUCAUGUUACGACCAACGCGGUCGGACUCAUGAUGCAGUACGCGCUCGAACCCCAGGGGAAAGGGGGCCUGGGAUUGCGGAGAGUACAAUGGCGAGCGCACGCGAAGAACGCCGCCUCCAUCAAAUUGGCGGAGCGGAUGGGAUUCCAGAAGGAAGGCAUCAUGUUGUGGCAUGUGCGGUUUGAAAAAGGCAGGUUAAAGAGCAAGGUGGGAAAUGAUAAGCCGCUCCCACCGGGAAGCGACCCGGACGACCUCUGGCGCGACACGAUCGUCCUGAGUCACUGCUGGGACGCAUGGGAGAAUGGAGGUCGGGCAUUGGUGGAAGCCGCCAUGAACCGUGCGGUGUGAUGACGAUGAUGUCCCAGGUACUGAUCAUGAUGCUUUUGACAAGACGCGGACACGGCGACUUUAGGACUGGAUCAUCGCUCGUUCCUCAGCCUUUGCCCCUAAUCGCUUCACUAAUUGUCCUCCCUGGCAUUGCGGCUCUUUGUACUUUGGCGCAGGGCCAGGAUCAGACAAGGCGUCAACCAGUGACGGACGCUCUCUAUUCCUGCCUGCGUCGAGUUUUAAGUGUCGAAUGUCAAGUAUCAAGUGACACGCCCUUUGGAUUCGUAAAAUGUUCAAGGUGGAUCUUCCCCAUUCCACUAUUCCCUCCAGCCCCGUGGUGGAACAGUAAUAAG